AUGAGAGGCUACUUUUAUGCCCUGGCGGCCUUCGCCCCGAUUUUCGUACAGGCACAGCUUUCCGGGAGUGUCGGCCCCCUCGUUGACUACACCAAGAAGGCGAAGCAUAAGAUCUGCGAUGUCACUGACUACGGCGCCAAGGCGGACGGCAAGAAGGACAUUGGUUUUGCUAUCCUCAAGGCCUGGGACGACUGUGCUUCUGGCGGCCUAGUUUACAUCCCACCGGGAGAGUAUGCGCUGCGUCAGGAACUCGAGCUCAAGCACGGUAAAUCAUCUGCCAUUCAGCUGGACGGUGUCAUCUACCGUGAUUUCGAUAGUGAUUACCAGCUCUUUCUAUUCCGGGAUUGUGAAGACUUCGAGUUCUUCAGUGGAAACUCCAAGGGAGCAAUCCAGGGAUAUGGCUACAAAUAUCUGCGGAAUGGAAAGUAUGGGGCACGUCUAUUUCGGUUCCAGAACGUGAAAGACUUCUCUGUCCACGGGUUUGCAGCUAUUGACUCUCCGGCCUACUAUUUCGUUUUCGAUACCUGCUCCAACGGUGAAGUCUACAAUAUUAUUGCUCGAGGGGUGGCGCAGCUUGGAGCCACCGAUGCUUUCGAUUUCUGGGGCGACAACAUAUGGGUGCAUGACAUCGAAGUCACCAAUGGCGACGAGUGCGUGACAGUCAAGUCACCAGCUCACAACUUCCUCAUCGAAGACAUCUACUGCAACUUAAGUGGCGGCACGGCCAUUGGGUCUUUGGUGAAGGACACCGAUAUCAGUGACAUCCACUACCGCAAUUUGUACAUGAACCAGGCAGAUCCGGCCUAUGUGAAAAGCCACAACGGCGAUGGCUCUCUGAAGAAUGUGCUUUGGGAAAAUAUCAUUGUACACGGUGGGCCUUACGUCCUGGCAUUGAACCAGGCAUGGGGAGAUGAUGUUGGUGGCAAGGGUGUCCAGCUGUCCAAUCUGACAUUCAAGAACUGGCACGGCGAGAAUGCUGAGCGCAGCCGUCCUGUCAUCCGUCUGGAAUGCGACGAGGAUGUCCCCUGCUACGACAUUACUAUAGAGGAUGUCAACCUCUGGACUCAGGAUGGCGACUACGUGGAGUGGACAUGCGAAAACGCGUAUGGAUCGGGAGCCUGCUUGGAAAGCGAUUCUGAAAAGAUGACCGCGUACUCCACUACUAAAACCGUCACCAAGACUCCAUCCCAUUCAGCAACUACGAUGCCGCACGAUCUCGCCAGUCCCCUCCCCUCCGACCACUCCUUCACCAUCCCGGCCAUGCCUACAAGCUUCUUUCCUGGCGAGACCCCGGUUUCGAAGUUGCUGAGCUUGUCUGCCGCUGGCGGAUUGUAG